AAUAUACAUCUACAUACAGAAAUUAGUAUAUCUGAAAAAGUUGAUAAUUCAUUAUGCGAAAAUGGAGAAUCGGAUAUUAUAACGCAUCCUGUUUCUGAACAACAAAAUGGACUUACCUUGGAAGAUGAGGACAACGCCACCGGAAAAUCAAAUAAAGAAAAUGAUGCCGAGAAAGAGUUCGAUGUUUUACCUGAUAAAGAAGAACAAACAAUAGUAAUUGGGUCCGAAAUUUCUGAAUCUGGACAUAGAUUUUCAGGUGAACAAGACGUCGAAAUUCCUGUCAGUUCUGCCCCUCCAAAGGAAUUAGAUGGCCUAAUAGAACUAUCGGAUUUGACCAAAAUUAGUAUAUCUGAAAAAGUUGAUAAUUCAUUAUGCGAAAAUGGAGAAUCGGAUAUUAUAACGCAUCCUGUUUCUGAACAACAAAAUGGACUUACCUUGGAAGAUGAGGACAACGCCACCGGAAAAUCAAAUAAAGAAAAUGAUGCCGAGAAAGAGUUCGAUGUUUUACCUGAUAAAGAUGAACAAACCAUAGUAAUUGGGUCCGAAAUUUCUGAAUCUGGACAUCGAUUUUCAGGUGAACAAGACGUCGAAAUUCCUGUCAGUUCUGCACUUCCAAAGGAAUUAGAUGGCGUCAUAGAACUAUCGGAGUUGACCAAAAGGAGUAUAUCUGAAAUAGUUGAUAAUUCAUUAUGCGAAAAUGGAGAAUCUAGUAUUGUAACGCAUCCUGUUUCUGAACAACACAAUGGACCACAAAAAAAGUUGGAAGAUGAGGACAAUGCCAGCGGAAAAACAAAAAAAGAAAAUGGUGCCGAGAAAGAGUUCGAUGUUUUACCUGAUAAAGAUGAACAAACCAUAGUAAUUGGGUCCGAAAUUUCUGAAUCUGGACAUAGAUUUUCAGGUGAACAAGAUGUCGAAAUUCCUGUCAGUUCUGCCCCUCCAAAGGAAUUAGAUGGCGUCAUAGAACUAUCGGAGUUGACCAAAAGGAGUAUAUCUGAAAUAGUUGAUAAUUCAUUAUGCGAAAAUGGAGAAUCUAGUAUUGUAACGCAUCCUGUUUCUGAACAACACAAUGGACCACAAAAAAAGUUGGAAGAUGAGGACAAUGCCAGCGGAAAAACAAAAAAAGAAAAUGGUGCCGAGAAAGAGUUCGAUGUUUUACCUGAUAAAGAUGAACAAACCAUAGUAAUUGGGUCCGAAAUUUCUGAAUCUGGACAUAGAUUUUCAGGUGAACAAGAUGUCGAAAUUCCUGUCAGUUCUGCCCCUCCAAAGGAAUUAGAUGGCGUCAUAGAACUAUCGGAGUUGACCAAAAUUAGUAUAUCUGAAAAAGUUGAUAAUUCAUUAUGCGAAAAUGGAGAAUCGGAUAUUACAACGCAUCCUGUUUCUGAACAACAAAAUGGACUUACCUUGGAAGAUGAGGACAAUGCCAACGGAAAAACAAACAAAGAUAAUGGUGCCGAGAAAGAGUUCGAUGUUUUACCUGAUAAAGAUGAACAAACCAUAGUAAUUGGGUCCGAAAUUUCUGAAUCUAAGCAUCAUUUUCCAGAUGAUCCUACUAGCAAUACGAUCUCGAAUUUGACCAAAAGGAGUGUAACUGGAAUAGAUAAUAAUGCAUUGUCAGAAAAUGGAGAACGACCCAAUGGAUUACAAAUAAAUUUUAAAGAUGACGAUACAAGUGAUGUUCAGUGUAAACCGGAUGUAAAUACUGGUUUAAUACUACCCGAAUCUAGUGCUGUGGUUGGCUCAGCUGGGAAUCCAGGAAUAUUUGUAUUAUCAGAUGCUGGCGCCUCAAAUCAUGAAGUCGUAUCAUUCCAAGAGCAACAAAAUAGCUCCCCACUAAAAGAGAUGACAUCUAUUACCGAGAAGGAACUAGUUCCUAACACGCAAAAAGAAGCAGUAGAAGAACUUUGUAUACAAAAAAAUUCUUCAAUAUUAUCAAAUGACUGCAAUAAUAUGGAAAUUUCAGAUUUUCUUACAAAUGAAACCAUUGCCUUAGAGCCAUUCUCUGAGACAAAACAAGAAAAUGUCUCACCUAAGUCAUCCACAUCCGAUGAAGCUGUUAAACAAAUUUCAAGUCAUCUAGCUUUUUUGAACUCUAACGAUGAACCAUUAAUAAGGACUAUAGAUUCUUUGAAAGAACAAGCCAGCAUUGAAGAAGGUGAAAUUAUUGUGUACAACCAAAUGCAACUUGAUGAAACCAGAGAAAGUUCUGCCCAAAGUGACUCUGUGGUUUUCGGUGAUGUUGAGUCAGAAAAAUUCCAAAUUAAAGAUAGUAACAGCGAAGAAGAAUCUGCAAGGGCACCGCUGAUACGUCAUUACACAAUCGCUGGAGACGAUCCCAGAGGCAUGUUUAGGUCUGUCACCCUUGAAGAUGCUAGAGAUGAUAUAGAAAUUGACGACGAAAUUUCGGAAAACAUUCGCAAGAAAAUGUUGGCCUUUUCGCUAUCUGAAACGGAUUCAGAUUGCAUUGACCCAAGAAAUAUUAACCAAGAGAACUUUGAAAUAAACACGGCUAUGGCAGAUACUUUGGGCACAUCUACUGAAACUGAAUCUACAAUUGUAUCGGCGGCCACGAAAAUACAAGCGGGAGCUCGUGGGUUUCUUACCAGGCGACGAAUUCGACGCGCUAGUGCCGGUACUAAAUCCUCAACCCAAGAGACAAAGGCAUCCUUUGGAAACGCUGCAAUCAGCGAAUCUUUUGAGCGACUCAUUGAGGAAGAAGCUGCGAAAAAAAUACAAGCUGCAUAUCGUAUACACACAAGAAAACUUAAAGGACAUAAUCGAAAAAUGCAAGGUAUCAGCUUAGAAAGCAAUUUAGCCGCCAGGCGUCAAAAAUUGCAGCGCGGGGACGCGCUUCGAAAUGACUCGACGCCUGAUGAAGAUAACAUUCCUCUUACCAAUGGUGGACAUACUCAAAAACUCCCAAAGUCACUACGAAACAAAGAAAAGGCAGGUGAUGGUGUAAAAUUGAAAUCUAGCAUGGAACUAAAAUGGUUGACAUUAAGGCAGAACUCAAUGCCAGUACAAAUUGAUUGCAAUAUUUUAAGAGUUAUUCCUAAGCACAAAAAAAAACGUAUAAAAAGCGCAGAAUAUAAGAAAAUGGCAUCCAAAUAGCUCGACCCAUAUUUAUGCUAAACUUUGUUCAAAUAAAUGAUCAAGUAUA